AUGUUAAUCGGCUAUUUCAUUUUGAUUUCUUCUUUCUUCAUUUAUUCCACAACACAAGAACUUGAGUUUUUGCCUGGUAUUGAUGAUCUUCGAUCAGGAUAUAAUGGAGUUAAAAUGCUUUCUGCCACUGAACAACGUUCAAAAUUUCGUAUAUUUGAUUUAAAUGAAAUAAGUAAUACUUCAUUUAUAGUUAAAGUAUUGAAUAAAGAACAUAAUUAUGCUACACCUUCACUUGUACAAGUGACAGAUAUAAGCAUUCGUAAAGAAAAUAAUUGUCAAUCAAUAUCCUAUUCUUUUCAACAAUUUUAUGAAAGUUAUUUCCAGACAAAUUCAUUUGAUAGUGGAAUUUCAGAAUUGAGUGAUCCAUCGUUCAGUAUUGAAUAUCAUGAAAUGUUAAAACGCGUCUAUGAAGCAAUUACUAAACAUUCACAAGCUGUUGGAACAUCAACGAUUUGGUGGGGUCUUUAUUCAAUUCAACUUCCAUCGUCAUCUGUUUUAAAAUUUGAUCCAAUGUUUAAUGCCAGCGUUAAUCUAUUGAUAUCUCAAGCUGCUAAUCCAAAAUCUGAAGUACAUCAACAAUUUUAUAAUGAUUUUAUUCAAAAUUAUGGAACUUAUUUUGUAUCAAAUGUGAUUGUAGGUGGCAUAGCUCAUUUAUAUACAUUUAUUACUGAAAAUUAUCAUAAAAAUUCAACAUAUGAAGAAUUGGCUCAACAAAUUUCACUUUCAGCACAAUAUAAAGAAUUUACUUUUCAAAAUAAAAGUCAAGCUGAAGAAAUUACAGAAAAAUUUCAAAAAAAUUCGAAUACGAUGUCUAUUUUUCAACCAUCCAUAGUCAAUGUUAAUAAUCAACCAAUGUUACAAACAUGGAUAAAUAAUGCAGGUGAAAAACCUGUUGUUAUCAAUCGUACUCUAUCUCAUAUUGCUAAUCUUAUAAGAAGUAAUAGUCAAGUACAAGAACAUCUUCGUCGAACAAUUGAUUUUUAUCUUAACAAUGGUUUUCUACCAACAUUAGCUCAACUUAAUUCUCGAGAAAAAAUGACUCGCUUUUAUGCACCACUAUCGAAACCAAUUAGACCUAUAUUUGGUCUUGAUGUGGUCGGAUGUGGAUAUGAUUUGCUUACUCUACAAAGUCGUCUAUGCAUUUUAGAUAUAUCGAAUUCAAGUCAGAAUGAACUUUGGAUUGAUCCAUAUAAUCAAAGUCUUUCUUAUUCAUUACCAAAUGGUUUUUUUGCUACAAAUACGCCAGAAUCAUUAACUAUGGACGCAAUGGUGACAGUAACAUCUGUAGAAGAUUAUUAUCGAUAUACGACGCGAAUUGAAGUGUGGGAACAAGUUGGUUUUCUAAGUCGAAAGCGUGUUGAAAAACGUACAACAGAGUUUUAUCGACGUUUCUAUCAAGACUAUUACAAUUUAGUAUUACGUUUAAAAGAAAUUGGUUGGUAUACACUUUCUGUAUCAAUUUUUCCCCUUCCAAAAUUAAAUCCUAUUGCUGCAAAGUCGUUUGCUAAUCUUCCUUCAACGUUUGAUCAAAAUGAUAUUGCCGUUUGGGAAGCGUUUAUUACUUCUUUUGGGACACAUAUAGUCGUUGCAUCUCAAAUGGGAGGUGAAGUUUCGGCAGAAACUUGGUAUGAAAAAUGUUUAACAUAUGAACAUACAGAAGUCUGGAUAACUGUGCAAGUUUUAGCAAGUUUCCUUGGUUUCAUCCACUUCGGUUCUACAAGUGAAGAACAUCAGCGUCAAGUAGAUAAACGUUUUCAAAAAUUUUCUAUUUCCUCAUCCCAAUUACUUGGUGGAACAGAAUAUAUUGAACCUGACAAAUGGGAAGAAUGGGCUCCGACAGUCAAAAAUAAUCCAAGACCAAUAUCUUAUCGACUUGUUCCUCUAUACGAAUUACUACCAGAAGGCAAUCGAAAAUCAGCACUUCAAGCAGCUAUUAAAUACAUUAGUGGAAAAUCAGAACUUGAAAAUCGACAAUAUAUUGCUCAACUUGAAUCAGUUCGAGGUCCACCUCCUACUAAAUGUAGCCGUAAUCGAGUUCGACGAUCAGUGUCCAACUCAACAAAGUUACCGCCAAAUAGUGAUGCAAUUAUUCGAAAAGCUCUUUGUCCAUACGUUGGAUACAGUGGAUCCACAUGUGUAGGUUCAACAGGAAAGGCAGAUUUCGUACCUGUCUAUCGACGUUUACCUGUUGGUGUUGGUAUGACUAUUGAUAUCACAAAAGGUACUUUACUCUUGCCAGCUAUUGAUUUUACUCAUGAUAAUACUACAUUUUGGUCAGAUCCUGUGACUAAUGAAACAUAUUGGUAUCCAAGAGAAAUAUCUGUUUUACCAGUAGAUGAAAAAGACAAUGAACCUGUCGCUCGUACUUUUCUCACUGCUAGUGAACUUGAAAAUCAUUGGAAAUAUGGACAAGCAAGAGGUGAUUGGUUAGGUGGUGAAUUGGGUCAUUCAAAAUCUAUUUUAGAUAUUGAAGCACGUUUUUUUGCUGAUGAUCAAGCUAUUGCAAUUACACAAAAACCAUAUGUUUUAUAUCGACUUAAAGUUGAAGUAUUGAAAUUAAAUGAAUAUGCAACAAGUGCUAUUAAUGCAUUACCAAAAGUUUAUAAUGAAAUGAUAUAUGAUAGUUUUCUUCGAAAUUGGGGCACACAUAUCGUAUUAAAAUCUCUUGUCGGAGGUAUGCAUGAACAACAAGUUUUAUUCAAAGAUUGUGUCUUUUCUUUUAAUGGUUCUAUCACAUCUGAAAAUCUUGAUGAAUAUCUCAAACAAGAUAUUCUUGCUGAAACUUUAGGAAAUAGUUUUUAUGCUGAACGACGAAAAAUAUCUAUCGAUCAUAAACUUGGUGGUAAACCAUCUUUAUCUAAUGUUACAGCAUGGAAACAAAGUUUAGGUCCCAAUCCUGCUCUAUUAAAAAUUGAACAAUUUACUCCUUGGUAUGAGAUUGUAGAAGAUCUUGAUGUCAAGGAAAAUCUCAUGCGUAUUAUUAAAAAUCGAACAGAUACAUAUGAACAAAAACGUAUUCAAGAAGAAACACAAAUUAUGAAACAACGUGCUAAUGCACGUAUUUUAUCCUUAAAAGGUUCAGUUGGUCUUUUGAAUGGUGAUACUUGUGAGAUUACUACACCAGUCAUAUUGAGUUCUGUAGCCAAUUGUUCGAAUGGAUGUACUACAGGAUUGAAAGUUAGGUCAACAUCCGGUGGUCUUGACGAUCGUCCUCUAUUGUAUGUUCGUGAUCCAGCUACAGGUUUUGUACAAGCACGAAUUCGACUUCAGGAUGGUAAGUCUCUACACAUUUAUGACUUAUAUAGAAGUAAUGAAAAAAAUGAAAAUGUUUUCGAUUAUGCAUAA